AUGAAGGACCGUCACGUCGAUGGCAAGUGGACCGAUAUUCCUGACCCGCCCGUACAGGCUGAAGUUCUAGACUGGUGGUUUCGAUUCCACGAAGACUUCUGCUCAGAGGAACGACGCCGCUACUAUUCGACCACGAGCCCGAAGGACCUUGUCGGUGCUGAAGCUCAGCGACAAAUUGAUCUCUUUGUCAAGCGAAAGAAUGGGCAGCCGCCAGACGCCGCGCACGACUGGAGAGAUGUUGACGUUAUCGGUGAGCUCAAGGCGUCCAAUAACAACAAAAAGGCGACGCUUCUCCAGCUCGGCCGAUACGUGAUCGCCGGUUACACGAUGAUGAAUGACGAAGAACUGGGAUUGGAUAUAUUUACAGAUCGGGAUGGCGACGGUCGUCUGAUACACAUUGAGCAGGAUGGGGCUUCAGGCAGGAAGAGGAUGCGAUUGGACUCGCAGCCUUUCACCCAUCAACGAGCAAUCGUCUGCCGCGGGACUUCUUGCUACCUCACGAAGCCUUCGGACGCCGAGGAUUGGAGUUGUGUCGCCAAGCUUUCGUGGACGUCCGACAGGCGAAAGCCAGAGGCAGACUUUCUCAGACUGGCGCAACAGAGAGGAGUCGAGGGUAUUGCUAACGCAACAGUCAAAGGUUUGGCCAAGGGCAGGAUGAGGUUACCUGGCCGGGCGAUUCACAAGCACAAGAAAAUAUCGGAGCUUCUCGGGGCGCUCCGUGACGCCAUCAAAGCACACAGGUCCCUGUACCUCAAAGGCAACAUCCUGCACCGGGACAUUUCCGAGAACAACAUCAUCAUCACCGACAGCAAAACGACUGGUCACAUGGGCAUGCUGAUUGACCUGGACCUUGCCAGAGAACUGGGCAGCGGGCGCAGCGGGCGCGCUGUCGCACUGGCACGAUGGAGUUCAUGGCAAUUGAGUGCGCGCGUCGUGGCUGGGGUAGCAAGUGGCCGAAAGAAACUCUGA